AUGCCCACUGUGUCUCCCUCUUCCAAAGAGAACAUUCCAUUUCAGGGCAGCGACACCACCUUCAAGCUCAACACGGACUCCCAACCCGCCUCCAAGAAGCGCAAGAUCUCUCCCACCGGCCCUUCAAACUCCCAACCCAGUCAACCCUCCUUCGCUGACGUCCUCCAGAGACUCAAGGACGAGGCCGGCGAAUCCAAAGAUGCCGAGGGCGGCGCUGACUCCUGGGCUCGUCCCCCUUUGCCUCCCAUCAACCCCAACCGCGACAGUAUCAUAUUCCAGCAGAUUGACAUCGAAGACUCGGUUGACCAACAGACCGGCGGUACCACCCUCAGGAUGUUUGGUGUCACUCAAGACGGUCAUAGCGUGCUAGCACUGGUCACUGACUUCCUCCCUUACUUCUACAUCGCCACUCCCCGAGGUUUCUCAAACGAGGACGCAGGGCCCUUCCAGCGCCAUAUCAAUAAUAUCCUCGGUUACGGUGCCGUACGCCACGUCGAGUUGACAACUAAACGCAGUCUAUGGGGCUAUAGAGGAGAUGACUGGGUCAGCUUCGUCAAGAUCACCGUCAUAGACCAGAGAAGUAUACCCAAAGUCCGAGGCCUCUUCGAGCGCGGUGAAUGCAAGUUCAACGGCCUCUUUGAGACUGAUGUUGCAACCUUCGAAAGUAACAUAGCCUACACCCUCCGCUUCAUGAUCGACACAAGGGUUGUUGGCAUGAACUGGAUCGAGGUCCCGGCGGGGAAGUAUUCCCUCCUUGAGGGCAAGGCGAAGAAGUCUCACUGUCAAAUCGAGUUCACCGUCAAGUGGGACCAGUUCAUCUCGCACGCACCGGAUGGCCAGUGGUCGAAAACGGCCCCACUCCGCAUCCUCAGUUUCGAUAUCGAGUGCGCCGGACGUAAAGGUAUCUUUCCCGAGCCACAUAUAGACCCCGUCAUCCAGAUCGCGAACAUGGUCACUCGGCAAGGCGAGAGCAAGCCUUUCAUCAGGAACGUCUUCACCCUCAAUAGCUGUGCACACAUUGUGGGCUCGCAGGUCUUGUCCUUCACCGACGAGGCAGAGCUCCUCGUGAGAUGGCGUGAAUUCAUCGAGGAGGUCGACCCAGACGUGAUAAUCGGUUACAACAUUUCGAACUUCGAUUUUCCUUAUCUCCUCGACCGCGCAAGGGCUCUCAAGGCGAGCAAGUUCCCGUACCUCGGCAGAAUCGCCAACAAGCAGACUGUAACGAAGGACACGCACUUCUCAUCAAAGGCCUUUGGUCAACGCGACUCGAAGGAGACGGUCCUGGAUGGUCGACUCCAGAUCGAUAUUCUGCAGUACAUGCAACGGGAGUACAAGCUGCGCAGCUAUACACUCAACUCGGUCUGUGCCCAUUUCCUGGGCGAGCAGAAGGAGGACGUGCACCAUUCGGUCAUUACGGAGCUGCAGAACGGUACCCCAGAGUCGCGUAGGCGUCUGGCCGUCUACUGUUUGAAGGAUGCGUACCUGCCUCAACGUUUGAUGGACAAACUCAUGUGCUUCAUCAACUAUACGGAGAUGGCCCGUGUGACGGGCGUCCCGUUCAAUUACCUCCUCGCGCGUGGCCAGUCCAUCAAGGUCUUGUCCCAGCUCUUUCGCAAGGCGAACGAUGACGGUUACGUCGUGCCGGCGCUCAAGGGUGAAGGCAGCGACGAGCAGUACGAGGGUGCUACCGUCAUCGAGCCCAAGAAGGGCUAUUACGACGUGCCCAUCGCCACGUUGGAUUUCAGCUCCCUGUAUCCGUCGAUCAUGAUGGCGCAUAACCUGUGCUACACGACGCUGCUCGACAAGGCCACCGUGGACCGUCUGGGUCUCGUGAGGGACGUGGACUACGUUCAGACUCCGAACAACGAUUUGUUCGUCAAGUCUUCGAGGCGAAAAGGCUUGCUUCCCACCAUCCUCGAAGACCUGAUCAGUGCGCGGAAACGGGCGAAGGCGGAUCUGAAAAAGGAGACGGAUCCUUUCAAGCGUGCCGUGCUGGACGGUCGGCAGCUCGCGUUGAAGAUCAGCGCGAACUCGGUGUACGGGUUCACCGGCGCGACGAUAGGAAAAUUACCGUGUUUGGCGAUCUCGUCGAGUGUCACUGCGUAUGGGCGGCAGAUGAUCGAGAAGACGAAGCAGGAGGUCGAGGCGGAGUACUGUAUCGCAAAUGGACACGAUCACGACGCGACGGUCAUCUAUGGUGAUACCGAUUCAGUCAUGGUAAGGUUUGGUCCGACGGACUUGCCUACCGUCAUGCGGUUAGGGAGCGAGGCUGCAGACUUUGUGACGGGCAAGUUCAUCAAGCCGAUCAAGCUCGAGUUCGAGAAGGUCUACUUCCCCUACCUGCUCAUCAGCAAGAAGCGGUACGCGGGCCUGUAUUGGACACGGCCGGAGAAGUACGACAAGAUGGACACGAAGGGUAUCGAGACCGUGCGGCGCGACAACUGUCGGCUGGUGUCGACUGUCAUCGAGACGUGCUUGCACAAGCUGCUCAUCGACCGCGACGUCAAGGCGGCGGAGGAGUACGUCAAGCAGGUCAUCUCCGACCUGCUGCAGAACAGGAUCGAUAUGUCGCAGUUGGUGAUCACGAAGGCCCUCGCCAAGGCCGACUACGCUGCAAAGCAAGCGCACGUCGAGCUGGCGGAGCGGAUGAAGCAGCGAGACGCGGGUUCCGCCCCUGCUCUGGGCGACCGUGUGGCGUAUGUCAUCAUCAAGGGCAUCAAGGGCGCCGCGGCGUACGAGAAGUCGGAAGACCCGAUCUAUGUUUUGGAGAACAACAUCCCCAUCGACACGAAGUACUACCUCGACAACCAGCUGUCGAAUCCUCUGAUGCGCAUCUUCGAGCCCAUCAUGGGGGACAAGGCGAACUCGCUCCUGUCUGGUGACCACACCCGGACGAUCCAGAUCGCUACCCCGACGGUCGGUGGUCUGAUGAAGUUCGCGGUGAAGACGGUGACGUGCUUGGGGUGCAAGACGCCUCUCCGUCCGAACAACAGCGUGAAGGGUGGCGCGGUUUGCAACAACUGCAGACCGAGGCUGGGCGAGCUAUAUCAGAAGCAGGUCACGUCUGCGUCUGAGUUACAAGUCCGCUUCUCUCGCCUGUGGACGCAGUGCCAACGGUGUCAGGGCUCGCUGCAUCAGGAUGUGUUGUGCACAAGUCGAGACUGCCCGAUUUUCUACAUGAGGAAGAAGGCGCAGAAGGACGUCGAGGAUGCCAACGCCGUUUUGGAUCGAUUCGAGGACGAGCUUUGGUAGCCAGCAUGGGUGUCCCUUCCGCUUGUAGUUUUGCUUUGAGAUCGUAGCAUGACCUUUUGCAUAUCACACAUCAUGUACUCUUAGGACUAUCGUGAUUCACAUCAUCCGUAAUAGACUCUGCCGUCUAGCA